AUGUCCUCCUCCAAGCGCGUCGAGUCGCCCUUCGUGCGCUCCUUGCUGGCCGGAGCCGUGGCCGGCACCACCGUCGACCUCUCGCUCUUCCCGCUCGACACGCUCAAGACGCGCCUGCAAUCCAGCGAGGGCUUCAUCGCCUCGGGCGGCUUCCGUGGCAUCUAUCGCGGCAUCGGCUCGACCGUCGUCGGCUCCGCGCCGGGCGCCGCGCUCUUCUUCGUCACCUACGACAGCGUCAAGCGCGCCCUGUCCAACCGCAAGCGCACCACGCAGCACACGGCCGAUGGAACCAAGAUAACGCCGCCCGCCGCGCAGAGCGGCUGGAGCGAGCCGCUCACCCACAUGGUUGCCGCAAGCCUGGGCGAGGUGGCCGCGUGCGCGGUGCGCGUGCCCACCGAGGUCGUCAAGCAGCGCGCGCAGGCGAGCCACCACCCGUCGUCACUGGCCUCGCUGCAGCACAUCCUAGGCCAGCGCCGCGCGCACGGCCUGGCACACGUCUGGCGCGAGCUCUACAGAGGCUGGGGCAUCACCAUCAUGCGUGAGGUGCCCUUCACCGUGAUCCAAUUCCCGCUAUGGGAGGGCAUGAAGGAGUGGAGCAGGAGGACCAAUGGCAAGGACAGCGUCUCGGCCUUCGAGGGCGCCGCCUUCGGCUCCGUGGCGGGUGCUGUGGCCGCCGGCGUCACGACGCCGCUCGAUGUGCUCAAGACGCGCAUGAUGCUGUCGACACAGCGGCAGAAGGUGGUGCCGCUGCUGACGUCAAUACUGAAGGAGAGCGGGCCAAUGACCUUCUUUGCUGGAAUUGGCCCGAGAGUCUUCUGGAUCAGCACGGGAGGCGCCAUCUUCUUGGGAAGCUACCAGUGGACCAUCAAUGCUCUUGGCGGAGCAGACUAA